GAAUCAUUGUAGGGGAGGAAGCCGAGAUGGCGGUGGGCGGGUCGAGGCAGCGCUGACGUUGCCCUCGUCCACGAACCCGGUGAUUUUUGUUUUUGGUUCGGGAAACCUCAGCUCCAAAGGGUGACCGAUCGAUCUUUUAAACAACAGGGCAGCUGAAAGUUGAUCGCCGAAACUCACACGACAAUCGAGGCGGAGAGUGGAGAAACUUUCGCCGUGUGUCUGUCUGCCUGCCUGUGUGCCGGCCGGUCCGGUCCGCUCCGCUUCCUUCGCCGCGGGGACGGUUGGUUGGCAGCGCGGGGACGGACUCGCCAGCAUGGGCUCGCGGCGGCGCUGGGACGAUGCGCUGCACCUGCUCGCGCUGCUGCUGCUGCUGCUCGCGCCGGUCCCCCCGCGGGCACGCGCCCGGAGGGACGCGGAAGUGUACUGCGGAGUUUGCAGGGCAUUAGUAGAUGAAAUAGACUGGGCAGUUAAGAAAGUGGAUCCAAAAAAGACAAUUCAAGUGGGAUCUUUCCGAAUUAGUCCUGAUGGUUCUCAAAAACCAAAUGAGAUUCCAUAUGCAAGAUCCGAGACCCAUCUACUUGAGCUCUUUGAGAAUAUUUGUUCGAGCAUGGAUGAUUAUGCCCUAUAUGUGGAUCCUGACACCCAGAAGAGGAGUUACAUGAGAUUUGCACCAAGAGAUUCAGAGAAAAUGGGUUCAGUAGAUUUCAAGAAUUUCAAAUUUGAUCCUGAAAAUUCGAAAUCUCUAAAGUUUGUGUGUGAAAAUAUAGUGGAAGAAUAUGAAGACGAAAUCAUUUCCCUGUUCACCCAUGAGGCGGACCAUGUGGCUGACAAGUUGUGCAAUGCAAAAUCAGAAAUUUGUGAUCCAUCUGUACAAACUCUCCACCCUGAGCUAUAAGAUGUGUUGUGCAUCAAGCUGGAAUGGGAAAGUACUGAAUGUCUGCAUCAACAGCUGGCAAAUUUACACUGGACCAGAACUGCUGCUGUGAAUCUGAUCUUUGCUCCUAUCUUCUCUCCAAGAACCACUGAUUCAUAUAUUUUCAUUAUGGCUGUAUCUUUUGAUAAUUCCAGAUCUAUUGGUAUAUUUGAAUUAUCCACAAUGUAUUAAAGAGAUUUUAUAACUCAUUUGUAUUAAAUUAAUGGGCAUCUUCAACUUAAUACAGGGAACAAAAUAACACACACCUUUUUUAUGUUCAAAUAGUGUGUGCUGAUUAUUUCUAAGAUUUGUUUUCAAUUUUAUCUUUCAGUACUUAUAAUUAAAAUUAUUCAUCAGAA